AUGGGCCGUGACAAGUUUGACUCUCAAACUUAUCAAAGAAGGACGAAAGCUCGAUUUGAUCUGCAUGCUCAAAGCGACGCUCCUCCGCUGCUGACUGAAUCUGGUGGAAAUGGGAGUGGCAGUGGCAGUAGCAGUGGCCAUGGGCGUGUCCACAAGGCUACUAAAAGGAUGCCGAUCCCGUCGGGCGGGAUUCAGAUUGAAGAACCGGCUCAAACCUCCAAUGUGCCUCUUGGCACUACCUUGUCUCAAAGGAGAACAGAGAAGGCAACUAAUAGAGGGAAAGGCAAAGCUGUGGCUUCAGAAUCAAGAGAUCAUGGAGAAGAAAGUGAUGAGGAACAAGAAGAAAGGGUCUAUGUGCAACCUUUAAAGCUUCACCAACCCCUCAGAACAUGCACUUCAUCUGAUAUGCCCAGGAGAAUGGUGGAUUACAUGAAGGAUCCCUUUUACUAUGAGAAGGAAAGAGAGGAGGAUCCCUUUUACUAUGAGAAGACUCAAGCUGCUGCUGGGAGAACCGGAACGUCUCAUGCUCAAGAAAUGGAAGAAGAAUCUGAAGAAGAGGAAGAAGACCAUGGUGGUGCCGAGGAAAGUCCUCAAGAUGAUGAUGGUGCUAGUGGAAGUGGGGAUGGAGAAGAAAAUGAGGAGUAUGAGGGCAGCGACUAG